AUGGCGCAGCCGAACCACCGGUACGGCGGCCACCGUGACCUGGAAGCCGUGAUAGACAUGGACCACCCGGAGAAGCCGACCGCGAAAGGCGGCAGCCGGUUCAGCUUCACCGGCGGGCUGGAGUUCACCAGCCUUACGUACACGGUGGUCAAGAAGCAGCGCGGAGUCGGCGGGGAGUGGGAGAAGAAGGACGUGGACCUUCUGCACGAGAUCACGGGGUACGCGCCCAAAGGCUGCGUCACCGCCGUGAUGGGUCCCAGCGGCGCCGGCAAGUCGACAUUCCUGGACGCGCUCGCCGGGCGCAUCUCCAGCCUCGACGGCCGCGUGGCGCUCGACGGCGUCGAGAUGAGCCCCAGCGUCAUCAAGCGUUCGUCCGCCUACGUCAUGCAGGACGACCGCCUCUUCCCCAUGCUCACCGUCUACGAGACGCUCUUGUUCGCCGCCGACUUCCGCCUCGGCUCCGCCGUUUCCCCCUCCGACAAGAAGCUCCGCGUCGACAACCUCAUCGAGCAGCUCGGACUCACGACAUCAAGAAACACGUACAUCGGGGACGAGGGCACGAGGGGCGUGUCCGGCGGAGAGCGCCGGCGCGUCUCGAUCGGCGUGGACAUCAUCCACGGGCCGGCGCUGCUGUUCCUCGACGAGCCGACGUCGGGGCUCGACUCGACGAGCGCGCACAGCGUGAUCGAGAAGGUGCACGACAUCGCGUGCGCAGGGAGCACCGUGGUGCUGACCAUCCACCAGCCGUCGUCGCGGAUCCUGCAGCUCCUCGACCACCUCAUCAUCCUGGCACGCGGGCAGCUAAUGUACAGCGGCGGGCCCAAGGAGGUGACCGCGCACCUCGGCCGCAUGGGCCGCAAGGUGCCCAAAGGGGAGAACUCCAUCGAGCACCUCCUCGACGUCAUCCAGGAGUACGACCAGUCCGAGUUCGGCGUCAACGCCCUCGCCGAGUUCUGCCUCACCGGUCUGAAGCCGCGCAAGCUCGCCGCCGAGGGGAUCUCCACCGUGUCUAGCAUCCCUCCGACACCGGUUGGGCCCGGGGGCGAGGACUUCGACCACAGCCUCAGGAGCCAGCACUCCAAGUCCCCGUGGAGCGGCGCGCAGUUCACGCCGUCCCGGCGCCCCAAGAAAGAUCAAAGCGGCAAGUCACAGAACCCUCCAAGGUACGGGCCGGAGAUCGUGAUGGGGACGCCGACGCCGCUGAGCAGCAUCUCGGUGUACACGGUGAACGAGGCCGACUACCUGUCGCCGGCGCAGCGCGCGUCCGCCACGGGGGCGCCCGGCGUGGGCAUCAACGCGCUGGGGCACCGCGGCAAGUUCGCCAACUCGUACGCGGCGGAGGUGUGGGUGCUGAUGCGGCGCAACUUCACCAACAUCUGGCGCACGCCGGAGCUGUUCCUGUCGCGGCUGAUGGUGCUGACGGUGAUGGGGUUCCUGAUGGCCACCAUGUUCACCAAGCCCAAGGACAACACGCAGGGCAUCACCAACCGGCUCAGCUUCUUCAUCUUCACCGUGUGCGUCUUCUUCUUCUCCUCCAACGACGCGGUCCCGGCCUUCAUCCAGGAGCGCUUCAUCUUCAUCAGGGAGACCUCGCACAACGCGUACCGCGCGUCCGCGUACGUGGUCGCCGGGGUGAUCACGUACCUGCCCUUCCUCCUGCUCCAGUCCGCCGCCUACGCCCUCAUCACCUGGUGGGCCAUCGGGCUCCACGGCCAGUUCGUCUACUUCCUCGUCAUGCUCUACGCCUCGCUCCUCUCCACCAACUCCUUCGUCGUCUUCAUCAGCUCCAUCGUGCCAAACUUCAUCCUUGGGUACGCGGCGGUGAUCGCGUUCACGGCGCUCUUCUUCCUCUUCUGCGGCUACUUCGUGGACAGCCAGAGCAUCCCGCAGGGGUGGAAGUGGAUGAACACCGUGUCCACGAUGAAGUACCCGUACGAGGGCCUCCUGAUGAACGAGUUCGGCGGGACGCGCAUCUUCUCCUCGAACCCGCCGCUCGACGGCAACGCCAUCCUCGAGAACCUCACCAUCAGCGUGCACAAGGACCGCAAGUGGAGGAUGGUGCUCUACCUCCUCGGCUGGGCCGUCUUCUACCGCGUGCUCUUCUACCUCGUCCUCCGCUUCGCCUCCAAGAACAAGAGGAAGUAG